ACCCCUCUUUGGCUGCACGAUAUUUCACAAAGACCUGCUUAUUGAGCAAUUUUUCUUCUUCGUGGGGAUUGUCUCAAUCUCGCAACUCGAAGUUUUAUUGUCUUUUAUUCCGACUGCCCAUGGAAAGCGAAGCUUUUGUGAGAGGGGACGAAGGUGCAGUUUUUCAGCUGGACCCAGCUGUUUUGGACGUCCUUCCCAUGUCGCUGAGAUAGUCAAUGUCAGCCACAAUGGAGAAUCGGCCUGGGCCAAAGCUCUCCGCGUUGAUACUCUUACGGCGAACGGCAACAAGGAGAGCUACUUCAUGAAGGUGAAGCUUAAGAAUUCCCAAACAACUACUGAUCUCUCGCAUUGUAGCUAGUCAGAAAGAUCAGAUUUCUGUUGGAACUCACGGCCGCGAAGCAUUGAAAGGUGAAUAUGAGGGCACAUCGGCCAUCUUUGCUAUCACGCCUGAUUUCUGUCCAGCACCCAUCGCUUGGGGCAGUCUCAAAACUCAGGAAGAUUCUCAUUUCUACCUUUGCAAAUUCUAUGACUUUACGGAUGGCGUGCCUGAGCCCGUGUCAUUUUGCGAGAAGCUUGCGCGGCUGCAUUCGAGCGGUAGUUCUCCCGAAGGAAAGUUUGGCAUCCAUUGUACUACGUACAACGGAGACUUGCCCCAGUACAGCACUUGGCACAACAGUUGGGAGUAAUUUUUUUGCCAAUGGACUACGAAAUGUUCUUCAAGUCCGUAAAGACUGGGCAGGUCCCUAUGACGAGCUGGACUUUCUGCUCCCGGACCUCUUCGACAAGGUAGUUCCACGACUGUUGCCCCCACUGGAGACGAGUGGUCGCACCAUAAUACCGUCUCUGGUUCAUUGUGAUCUAUGGUAUGGGAAUGCCAAUAUUGUCAACGAAGAGACAGAAGAAGGAAUCGUGUAUGAUCCCGCCGCAUUUUGGGCUCACAAUGAGUAUGAACUGGGCAACUGGCGGCCGGCAAGGAACCAGUUCACUCGUUUGUACUUUGGCGAGUACCAUUCACAUGUGCCAACGGCUGAACCCGCUGAGGAUUACGAUGAUAGGAAUGCUCUGUAUGCUCUGACGAUUCGACUUGCACGCUGCGGCACUCUUCUUAACCCAGGAGGAGUAUGUUCAGAUGGCCAUUGACGAAAUCCAACGGCUGGUAGAAAAAUUCCAUGAUGGAAUCACCAAAAGCACAGAGUAAGAAGGUUCCAUGCUCUUGCGAUUUUUGAUCUCAGACGUGUUGAAGGAGGUUGUGUCACGUGUGGUUGAUGUAUUGUGUACUGCUUAAUGUUUCAAGCGGAUUUUUCACGAAAUUGAGUUGGCGCUUUUGUGAUGCA